AUGAUUGGCCCGAAACAAGAAAAUGUGCAGCUUUUUCUGCAAGGGUUCGAUGAACAGGUCCCGCAUUAUAAAAAGAGCCUCCUGCCGGGAAAACAAAAUGAGCCACGGCAUCCGAGGGUUUCGCGUUCGGACAGCGCUUGGUGAUAUUUGCGAGAAGGAUGCUGCAGCAAGCUCUUCGCGUAACCGGCCGGAGUGCCUUCCCCCUGGUCAAGUGGAUGGACAGAUGGGCCGAGGGCGCAGCGGCUGGCCCGGUGGCCGGCCAGGAGAAGGCGGUGCGGACCCUGGAUGACAUGCCCGGGCCGUCGCUGCCCAGCUUCGUCUGGGACCUGUUUGCCAGGGGGGGGCUGUCCCGGCUGCACGAGAUGCAGGUGGAAGGAGUGAACCGUUACGGCCCCAUGUGGAAGGCAAGCUUUGGCCCCAUCCUGACCGUUCAUGUGGCUGAUCCGGCCCUCAUCGAGCAGGUCCUGAGGCAGGAGGGCCACCACCCCAUGCGCUCCGACCUGUCCUCCUGGAAAGACUACAGGGCGCUCCGAGGACAUCACUGUGGGCUUCUGACAUCUGAAGGGGAAGAGUGGCAGGCAGUGAGGAGUCUCCUGGGGAAGCACAUGCUCCGGCCGAAGGCAGUGGAAGCUUACGAUAAAACCCUGAACAAUGUUGUCGGUGACCUCAUUGCCAAACUUCGCCACUGCCGACGUCCACAAGGCCUUGUUACUGACAUCGCCAGCGAGUUCUAUCGCUUCGGCCUUGAGGGGAUUUCUUCAGUGUUGUUUGAAACCAGAAUCGGUUGUCUGGAUCCUGUUGUUCCCGAGGAGACGGAGCGUUUCAUCAAGUCGAUCAACACCAUGUUCGUGAUGACGCUGCUCACCAUGGCCAUGCCCAGCUGGCUGCACCAGCUGUUUCCCAAACCCUGGAACGUCUUCUGUCAGUGUUGGGACUACAUGUUUGACUUUGCAAAAGGUCACAUUGACCAGCGUGUGGCGGCAGAAGCAGAGCAGGUGGCCAGAGGAGAGAAAGUGGAGGGUCGUUAUCUGACCUACUUCCUGUCCCAGACGGGGCUGCCCAUGAAGACCGUCUACAGCAACGUCACAGAGCUGCUUCUUGCAGGAGUUGACACGAUCUCCAGCACUCUGUCCUGGUCCCUAUACGAGCUGUCCCGACACCCAGAGGUGCAGGACGCGCUCAGGAAGGAGGUGCUGAGUGUCCUGGGAGGCCGAGGGAUACCGGAGGCUGCAGACGUAGCCCGCAUGCCUCUCCUUAAAGCAACAGUCAAAGAGGUUCUCAGGUUGUACCCAGUAAUACCUGCUAAUGCAAGGGUCAUUACAGACAGAGACAUCCAGGUUGGAGGCUACCUCAUUCCCAAAAAUACUCUGAUUACAUUAUGCCAUUUUGCAACAUCCCGGGACCCCACGGUGUUUCCAAACCCGCACACCUUCCAACCCUGCCGCUGGUUCAGGAAGGACCAGGCUUACCACCCGUACGCCUCGGUCCCCUUUGGGGUGGGAAAGCGCAGCUGCAUAGGCCGUCGUAUUGCCGAGCUGGAGCUCUACCUCGCUCUUUCUCGGAUCCUGAUAGAGUUCGAUGUGAAGCCAGACCCAGAGGGGGUUUCCGUGAAGCCGAUGACACGGACUCUUCUCGUUCCUGAAAAUGCCAUUAGCCUCCAGUUUAUUGAACGAUGACCUACUCUUCUGAGCGGGACGGUUACACGGGUGAACGUGAGUCCCCUCUGGGCAGAGAGGAGGAUGAGCGGCCAGCGUUAUCACACCAGCCGUGAGCCCACCUCACGCAGACCUACGACCUUUGACCCAUCAAAGAGCAAAGGCCUCCCCGCCUGCUGCCCAGCGCGUGCAGGCCGAUACGAGAAGCACUAACAGAGGAAAGACCAUACCUCAGCAGGGAAGCUUUUUUUACCGAAAGAGUUGGGACAACAAACUUGAUAUUGUGUUUGUUUUUUUUUUAACAGCAAGAUAGACCACAACAUACUAACUCACACAGAUACUACAGCCAAAAAAAUAUAUCUGUCCAUUAGUUUUGGGGGUUUUCUCAGAAAAAUCGGCAGACUUUCAUUUCAGGCCUAAAAUGUGUCCAACAAUGUUGCUUUUGUUGGAAUGCAAAGCAUUUAUGAAACGACACUUAUAUUUCAUAAUGAACAGUGAUCUAUUGCACUCUUAGAUACAUAAUAUCAGCAGUUUAUUCAUUGGUCAGAUCUUGUUAACAUUUUUUUGAUACAGCAUUUCUUUAUACGUUGUAGUACGGUUAGAAGAAGAAUGUUACCCGUGAGGGGUAGUUUUAAAAAAGGCAGCUAUUAUGAAUAUGUAUGUGUUGUAAUGUAUUGGGGAAAAUAUGGGGCAAACAUAUACAAAAUGUUAUGAUUUUAUAUAUAUAUAGUAUUCAGUUAUAUGACACAGCCAAUUGCAGAACAUCUGCCUUUCUUUUUUUUUUUACACUGAAACUCUAGGUAAUAAUACAAUAUUUUUCAAAAAGUUACGACUUUGAAGAAUGUAUUUAUUCUAAUUUAACACACUUUGAAGUUGUCACUGUAUGUCUCAAUAAAAGGUGUCAAAUUGG